UGCCACACCGAUAAUUUCAUUUUGUCAACAUGAUUAUCGUUUGCGCAUGACGCUGAGAGCAGAAUCAAUCGAUAAAGCCACAGAUGAAGAGGAAUAUUGGUAAAAAUGACGGCACCGGAGGCAGAAAAUCGCCAGAAACUGCUUCGAGCAGUGAAAAAAGAGGUGAAGCAGAUAAUGGAGGAAGCCGUCACAAGGAAGUUUGUCCAUGAGGAAAGUAGCAGCAUUACCUCCCUUUGUGGAGCUGUGGAGGCUUGCCUCCUUCAUGGCUUGAGAAAGCGAGCAUUGGGACUGUUCAAACUGAGCUCUACUACUGCUCUACUCCAAAAACUGUCCAAAAGUUGUGAACCAGCUGCCAUUGUACUCAAGUCUCUCAAUAAUGUGGAAAAUAACUAUGAGGCUAACAGGUAAAUAAUAAAUAA